AUGGAAAGGGAUUUAGCGCAAGAGGAAGAGGAGCAGCGGGAGUGGGGCCUCUACGAAGCCUACAAUGAGCUCCACGGGCUGGCCCAGGACUUGCACACGCCGUUCGACGCCCCCGCGGUUCUAGUGGUGGGCCACCAAACCGACGGGAAGAGCGCCCUGGUGGAGGCCCUAAUGGGCUUUCAGUUCAACCACGUGGGAGGCGGUACCAAGACCCGCAGGCCCAUCACUCUCCACAUGAAAUACGACCCCCAAUGCGAAUCUCCUUCCUGCCACCUCGUCUCCGACACCGACCCUUCUCUAUCUCACCAGAAAUCUCUCCCCCAAAUUCAGGCUUAUAUCGAAGCUGAAAAUGCGAGGUUGGAGCAAGACUCGAGCCAAUUCUCCGCCAAAGAAAUCAUCAUCAAAGUGGAGUAUAAGUACUGCCCCAACCUCACCAUCAUCGAUACUCCCGGCCUCAUCGCUCCUGCUCCAGGCCGCAGGAAUCGCCCUUUGCAGGCGCAAGCACGUGCCGUCGAAGCGCUCGUGCGGGCCAAGAUGCAGCACAAGGAGUUCAUUAUACUCUGCCUCGAGGAUUGCAGUGACUGGAGCAACGCAACCACAAGGCGCGUCGUCAUGCAGGUCGAUCCCGAGCUGGCUAGGACUGUCAUCGUCUCCACCAAGCUCGAUACCAGGAUUCCUCAGUUCGCGCGCCCCUCCGAUGUUGAGGUUUUCCUCUCGCCGCCUCCAUCCACGCUUGAUGGCUGCAUUCUUGGUGAUUCUCCGUUCUUCACUUCCGUGCCUUCGGGAAGAGUGGGAUGUGGAAGUGGUUAUCUGUAUACCUCCAAUGAUGAGUUCAAACAGGCAGUGUGCUUUAGAGAGAUAGAAGAUGUUGCAUCUUUGGAGGAGAAGUUGGGCAGGGCAUUGUCAACGAAGGAAAGGAGUAGGAUAGGUGUGAGCAAACUAAGGCUAUUUCUGGAAGAAUUGCUACAAAAGAGGUAUAUAAAUAAUGUACCAUUGAUCAUCCCACUUCUUGAGAAGGAGUAUAGGGGUGUGACAAGGAAAUUGAGUGACAUAAAUCAAGAAUUGAGCACACUUGAUGAAGCCAAACUGAAGGAGAAAGGAAGAGCAUUCCAUGAUAUGUUCUUGACCAAGUUGUCAUUAUUGCUUAAAGGGACAGUUGUUGCACCUCCUGACAAGUUUGGUGAAACACUACAAGAUGAACGAAUAAAUGGAGGUGCAUUUAUUGGUGCUGAUGGUAUUCAGUUCCCUCACAAGCUAAUACCUGUCCAAACCCACCAUUACGCAUAUGUUGGGAGACUUAAAAGGUGCAACACACCUAGGAGGGAAGGUCUCAACUUAUUGCCUAGUUUGAACUAUAUGGAAGGGAGUUUGGGGGGUGGGGUAGGUUGCUACAGGAUUGAGAAUGCAGGGAUGCGGCUUUAUGGUGGAGCACAAUAUCAUCGGGCAAUGGCUGAAUUUCGUUUUGUGGUUGGGGGAACCAAGUGUCCCCCAAUUACUCGGGAAGAAAUUGUAAAUGCUUGUGGAGUAGAAGAUAUUCAUGAUGGAACAAAUUACUCUAGGACUGCUUGUGUAAUUGCUGUUGCAAAGGCUCGUGACACAUUUGAACCUUUUCUUCAUCAGUUGGGCUCCAGACUGUUGUAUAUACUUAAGAGAUUGCUUCCUAUCUCUGUUUAUCUUCUUCAGAAAGAUAAUGAAUAUCUAAGUGGUCAUGAAGUGUUUCUCAGGCGUGUUGGCUCUUCCUUCAACAACUUUGCAGAAUCUACUGAAAAAUCGUGCCGUGAAAAAUGUAUGGAGGACUUGGUAAGCACCACCCGAUAUGUUUCAUGGUCUCUCCACAAUAAGAGUCGGGCUGGGUUACGUCAGUUCUUAGAUUCAUUUGGUGGAACCGAACAGUCCAAUUCUUCUAAUAAUCCUACAGCAACCUUUAUAUCACAAACAAGUGCACAUGACAGAGAAGACACAAAGGCACAACCGGAUGUAAAACUCAGUCAUGUGGCUUCUGGCAUUGAUUCUAGUUCAUCCACUCAGACAACAGAAACAAAGCUUGCCGACCUUCUGGAUAGUACACUCUGGAAUAGGAGACUUGCACCUUCAUCCGAAAGAAUUGUUUAUGGCUUGGUACAGCAGAUAUUUCAUGGAAUUAGAGAAUAUUUCUUGGUUUCCACAGAAUUAAAGUUUAACUGUUUCCUUUUGAUGCCCAUUGUGGACAAGUUGCCUGCACUUCUCCGGGAAGACCUGGAAUCUGCUUUUGAAGAUGACCUGGAUAAUGUUUUUGACAUAACCAAUCUGCAGCAUUCAUUCGGGCAGCAAAAGAGAGAUACAGAAAUUGAACUGAAAAGGAUCAAGAGGCUCAAAGAGAAAUUCAGGAUGAUACAUGAGCAGCUAAUUCAAAAUCAAGUCAUGUGA